UCUAUCAAGGAGAACCGGAGUAAGAGGCAGAAGAACACUGAAGCGUCCAGCGAAAACCAGAGAGCCACCAAGUUUGAUGUUUUUCCAUUAACAAUUAUCCUAUGUUAUGAGACAAAAGUGAGCACCAAGCACUCGUGGAACAGAGGACUGGAUUGGCUCUGUCGAUGGCACUCUUCACAUGCAACAGGAAAAACGACUUCAUCGUUCAAUUGUCCACCACUGAAAGACACAAUGGAGAGCAGCAGUGAAAGGACCAGUAUGAGUCAGGCCUCCGGUACCGACUCACCGGUGACCCGGCAUGAUGAUCGUGUGGCGGCGUUAGCAGAGGAGAGUAUGUUGAACGAUGGGACGGAGCGGGACAUGCAGGAGGACAUGUCCCACAAAAUCCUGUCCUCCUUCCUCAACAACCUGGAAGACCGACAGUUGGAGCCCGCCCGGGACAGGAUGAGACAACCUGUUAACCUGGGUGUGCUGUCCUGCAACCCCAGCUCCAACUCUGGAGUCAUAGAAAUAAUGACUUUCCUCCACCAGUUUGUGCCGGUGAGGGACAACAAACUGCUGCCCAUCCUUUGCUGUGGGGAUGGUCUGAGCGUGGAGAGGAUGACCAAUUGUCACUGUGCACGGAAUACCGGAGAGACACCUUCCGACCGAGUGGAGGGACUCAUACCUACCCCACAGGAGUUCCACCGUGAGAUGAUCUUGCUACAGGACACAAUGGAUCUACUGUACAUCCACGAGAGUGAUUUUGCGAGAGGCACCAUCGCUCAUCUGAAAAAUGACUUUGACCACAGGUCAUUUAAAAAACAAGUGUCAGCAAAUGUCCAGCAUUCUUGGGACAUGAUGGAAACAAGCAAGAGAGCAUGGUGCAGUGCAGCAGCUCUAGCUGCAGUGCUGGCUCCAUCUCUCUUGUGCAGGCCUUUCCCAAGCCCCAGAGGGAGACUGGUUCUGUAG